AUGCAAACCGCAGCGGCAGCGGCAAGAACAGCAGCUGUCAGCCGUCCUCUAGAUGCUAUCAUUCGCCGCGUGCUCAACCUUGCCGCCAGAUCCCCAACCGCCGCCCAUUCUGCUGCUGCUGUUCCCUCCUCCUCCCUCUUCUCCUCCUCUUUCUCCUCCUCCUCCGCAGCUUCACCUGUUUCCACUCCCUCUGCCUUUUCAACUUCGCGGGCGCUUGUGUUUGGCUGCAGCGGGGGAGCAGGGGGAGGCGCGUGUGCUGUGACGCGAGCAGGAGGGAGAGGACGCGCUGCUGGUGCAUGUGCAGGUGCAGGUGCAGGUGCAGUGAAUCUGGACAUUGGGGGUCUGAGAUGGCUGAAAACGAGUGCGGGACGCGUACGCGCUGUGGGCGCGAAGGCAAAAGUUGGGGCAGGGGCGGGGGCAGGUGCAGUGCAUGUGGACAUUGGGGCGAGGGCCCGCGCGCGGCAGACGCAGCGAAUGUGGACGCUUGUGAUUGGUGGAGGCGCGGUGGCUGGGCUGGCCAUAUUUGCGAUGAACUCGUUUCAAGAAAACUUGAUGUUCUAUAUAACGCCCACCCAGGUGAGUUGGGUUUACUGUUACUCAUCCCACGCCCCUUCUCACCUCCCUCAUCCCUCGCCCCUUCUCACCCCCUCAUCCCACGUCCCUUUUCGUCCCCUCAUCCCACGUCCCUUUUCGUCCCCUCAUCCCUCGCCCCUUCCCACCUCCCGUAUCCCUCGCCCCUUCUCAUCUCCUUGCUUGUCAUGCCCUUUCUCAUCUUCCCUUUCAGGCUCUGGAAAGGCUCUGGAGAAGUUUGCAGAGAACUCGUCUGCCAACCGGUUCAGGCUGGGCGGGCUUGUGAAGGAGGGCAGGUGA